AUGGACCCAGAGAAGGGAGGGUUCUCAGUUGACCAGUUGAUGGAGUUGGCAGGUUUGAGCGUGGCUAUGGCAUUGGCAAAGGUCUAUUCGAAAGAUAGCUUUCAGCGAGUAUUGGUGUGCGCGGGCAAUAAUGGCGGUGAUGGACUGGUCGCCGCCCGCCAUUUGUUUCAUUUCGGAUACAGACCGGUCGUCCACUACCCAAAGGCUACAGAGAAGCUUUUGUACAAGAACUUACGGAGACAGUUGGAGAACCUGAAUGUUCCUUUCGUAGAGAAUUUGGACGAAGAACUAAAGACCGCCACUAUUGUCUUAGACGCCAUAUUUGGUUUUAGUUUCCGUGGAGAUAUCCGACCCCCGUUUGACGAGGUGAUUAAGAAAAUUAAAGGUUCUAAAUUGCCUAUAGUUUCCAUCGAUAUCCCUUCCGGCUGGGAUGUAGAAAAAGGAAACGUAAAUGGUCGAGGACCUGAACCUGAAAUGCUGGUAUCUCUGACAAUCCCGAAGGAGUCAGCGAAAUUCUUCAAAGGUAAAUAUCACUAUCUGGGAGGACGAUUUGUACCUCCCGAGUUUGCCAAGCGCCAUGGCCUCGUCUUACCUGAAUAUCCGGGCAUUGAACAAUGCGUUGACAUCACCAACUGGAAUGGGUCAAAUUUAUGAUAUAAUGAAAAGCAUAUUCUGCAUCUCACCUGCAUACAGUUGCUGGAAAGUGUUUUUGGUUAUCAAGGAAUAAUGAAGAGCAGACAUAUGUCGCGUGGCUUAGUCUCGCGAUGGUAAUUAUCCAAAGUCUCCGAUUCCAUCCAACUAUCCGUCU